CUUCAAGUUUUAAAUAGCAUUGUUGGUACAAACACAACUACCCCUCGUGGGGAAAUAAUUUAUAUUAACAAAUUACAUAAAUUGCGGGCUGAAUAGUUGGGUCGUGUUUGAUAAAUUACAUAGCAUUCAUUCAUAAAUUACAAAUUUCUACAAGUAAUAAAAAUGGGUAAUACUAUCCCCAGCGUGAAUAUGGAAGCGGCAUCCCAAAUGCCAAGAGAUCAUGUGCACCUAGCAGCCACUAGCGCCGUGCCUCCACCAGAAUGUCCAAUGCAUCAGAAAGGUGGGGCUGCUGUAGCAACAUCAGCACCAUCACCACCACAACAACAACAAAUGACAACUACUAACACUGCCUCAGCGUCUGAAUGUCCUGUUCAACAUGAUAAAAAUGACAUCAAUCCACUUAAUAUGAUGCCACCAGCCAACCAACAGCCAGCACCAGAUCAACCAUUUCCCCUAUCUACGGAACGUCAAACAUCAAGCAUACCAAAAGUGACAGAAGAUGGCAGUCAGCAGUUCUGGCAAUAUCCAAGUCAACAAAUGUUCUGGAACGCAAUGUUACGCAAAGGUUGGCGGUGGAAGAACGAAGAUGUUUCACAGAAAGAUAUGGGUGACAUUAUUUUCAUACAUAAUGCUAACAAUGAGCAGGCAUGGAAGGAGGUACUUAAGUGGGAGGCACUACAUGCAAAGGAAUGUGGCAAUCCACGCUUGAAGAGUUUUGGAGGUAAAGCUGCUGAUUAUAGUCCACGUGCGCGCAUACGCAGCUGGUUAGGCUAUGAAUUGCCUUUCGAUCGUCAUGACUGGAUUGUGGAUCGCUGUGGUAAAGAUGUGCGGUAUGUCAUUGACUACUAUGAUGGCGGUAUUGUAGACAAGGAUUAUAAGUUCGCAAUUCUGGACGUACGUCCUGCAAUGGACUCUGUCGACAAUGUUUGGGAUCGUAUGCGAGUCGCUUAUAUGCGAUGGAAGUUUGCGGCAUUAGACACGCUGGGCAACCGAACUGAAUCUGGCAGCGGCAAAGUAGAUCACUAAACAGAGUUGCCAAUUUUACUAUUUGUAAAUGAAAACUGGCAAUAAUUUAAUUUAUUUUACACAUACCUAUUACAUUUACCUCCCUAAUGUAUAUUGUAACUGAUAGGCUAAUAAUAGACAAUGUUUGAGUUAAUGCUUCAUUGAAGCAUCAACGAAUUGGCGAUUACUUUCAAAAUAUUUAUGAGUUUCAAAAUAAAGAUCGUAUGAGCCCAAUGAAA